UUAGCCUGUCACGGCCGGAGAUUCUGUCAUCUUUACGCUACUCCCAUAACCGACGUCGAAUCAGUCUCUACAAAUAUCUUUACAUUCCACCUUUCUACAAUCCCUUUACACUCACUCACACAUCUACAAAUAUCUUCCAUAACCUCCAUUUCAUCUUCACCAGACCAAACAAUGGCGACCAACACACUCCUUCACUUCUUCUCCUUCACACUCCUCCUCACUCUCACCCUUUCCGUCACACUUCCGCCCUCACCGUCACCGCAAUCAGGUUCCGACGACUCAGUCUCACUCUCGUCAUCUCAUCCGUCUCCGAUUGGAUCUCCGCCUGCUCCUCCGCCGUCAGAUCUGGAGCAUUUUUCACCUCCGUCUUCUUCUCCGUCACCGUCAUUUCAUUCGUCUCCCAUCGGAUCUCCGCCUGCUCCUCCGCCUUCAGAUCUGGAUCAUUCUUCGUCACCGGAUGAAUCUCCGUCGUCUUCUCCGGCUACAUCACCGGAAUUUGUAGCGAAAUCUGCACCGGAACCGGCAGCGGCUAGUGACGUCACUGCUGAAGUGAAGAGUGAAGAACGGACGGAAUCGUCGGACGGAGGAAUGAGUGCGGGGAAGAAGGUAGGUGUGGCGUUUGGAUUGAUCGCUGCUGCGUGUGUUGUUGUUUUCGGAGGAGUUUUGUACCGGAAGCGGCAACGGAAUAUUCGGAGAGCACAGUACAGUCAGGCGGCUCGAUUGGAGUUUUUCUAGAUAAGUUUUCGAGUUUUCGGAUUUUGAAUUUUGAUUGAGUUUUAUGUGGAAUGUGUUUCUAUGUUUAGAUCUAGAUCUAUAGAUUCAAAGUAUCAUAUCAAUUACUAUACAGUUAUAUAUUCAAUUCAUUCUAUAUAUA